AUGGAAAUGAAGAGGGAGAUGAUGAGCUCAGAGAAAUCAAAGCAGAAGAAGAGAUCAAUAAGUAGAAGACUGGGGAAGUAUAUGAAAGAACAGAAGGGAAGGAUUUACAUCAUCAGAAGGUGUGUGGUCAUGCUCCUUUGUUGGCAUGAUUGA